GGAGGCCCUUCAGCCAGCGCUGUUGCAGAGCAGCAAGGUCAGGGGCUUUGCUGAUGCAAUUGCCCCUUUCCCACCUGAGCAGCUAGUCAAAGUUCAGCUGCAGUUAAUGUUGGACUGGGCUGGAAUUUCAAAGCCCCCUGCUCCCGCACUGGAGAUGUGAUUCUCCCUGGCUCCAGUUAAUGUUCUUGGAUGUCUUUGUCUUUGACCCGGGAGGUCAGAUCUCUGCCGCACCCUUAGCAGGGAACUGGGGACAGGACAGAGCGUGGCAGGAGAUCAGCUCCCGACCCAAGGAGGGGUGAAUUGCAAGCUAAAACCACCUAACUGAGCCCAUCUAUAAAAAGAGAGAGACAGAGAAAGAACAGAGCGAGAGACGGGUGCAGCUUUUCCACUCUGCAGAACGAACCACCGACUUCACCCCAGACACACUUUACUGCAGGGAGCUUUUGGUGGGUGCUGUGAAUAUACCAGCCACAAAGCAGCUCAGAGGUGCCGUUACUCCAGAACUGUGGCAAAUGGCUCUGUAAUUCCACCCACCCUGUCAACCGCCUCAUGCAUGCGCCAUUCCUCGUCUGGCUGAAAUAAAAUCAAUCUUGUGAUAAAUCCCCUGGCAGGAGAUUUGGCUGCAUCACAGACCCCAGUGCCGACCUACUGUUUCUCCAUCACCAUGGAGGCUUCUCUUGUCAUCUGUAUCCUUGCUGCUCUCCUGGCUACGGGGGCCUGUCUGCAGUGUGAGGUUUGCGAAGGCCAAGGAACCAGCUGCACGGGCAGCAUGCGGCCCUGCCCAGCUGGGGAGGACUCUUGUGCCAUCGCUGUGACAGUAACCACAAUGGCGGGAGUGAACACCCAGAGCAUUCAUAAGGGCUGUGUGAUGUCCAGCCAGUGUAGAGCCAGCCUCAUCUCGAUGAAUUUUGGGUAUGGAAUGACAACAAGGACAAGUGUCGCCUGCUGCCUGGGAGACACCUGCAGAACAACCACAGUUGCAGUGCCCCCGGCUGACCCCAAACCCAACGGCCGGCGCUGCCGCGGCUGCUACGCGUUGAACGCUGAUCAUUGCAAUGAGCAAACCAUAAAUUGUACUGGAUCUGAGACCCGAUGUCUCGACGCUACUGGGACCAUAACAUCUGUGAGGAAAUUUUCAUUCUUACAGGUGGGGUCAGCAAGAAGCCAGUUAAGAACAGAAGCGCGGCCGCACUGGGUCAGGUGAAUGGUGCAGGUGGCCCGGUGUCCGACAGGGCCACCCCCAGAACUUCAUGGGCAGUGCACAGAACGCUGCGAUUUUGGAGAGACCCACCCCUGGCUUCCCCUCCCAGCUUGUGGCCAUUGGUGGGGUAGGGACACCUGGAGUGUGGCAUUGUCUCUGACCGUUUUCGCCAAUAGCCAUGGAUGGCCCUAAUCUGCAGGAAUGUCUCUAGCUCUUUUCUGACCCCUGCUGUACUUUUGCCCAUCCCCUGGCAAGGAGUUCCACAGGCUAAUUGUGUGGCGAAGGGAAAACUACAGCCUCUUGUUUGUAUGAAACCUGCUGCUUGUUCAUUUCAUUGGGCGACCCCUGGUUUUGGUGUUGUGGGACAGGGGAAAUAGCAGUUUUUCAGUCACUUUUUCAAUGGCCUGGCACGAUUUUCUCCCCAUCUGUCACAUCCCCCUGACGCUGCCCCCCGAGGCUGAGAAUACCACAUUCAGGACCCACUGCUGACAACUGGGACAGACGCUCUCCACGCGCCUGGUGAUUCUAUCAUUAGAGCUUACCGAGCCAGUAACAGAGAUGGGCUUGUGUGUCAUCACACUGGUUAACAAGAAGCCACAAACACAGGCCCCGCAGGCAGGCCAGCCCUUGGCUCACCACCCAGAUACUUUUUAGGCUUUAUGAUGAAUUGUUCCUGAAAACCAGUUUCACCAGAAUUAGCGUCCUUCCGCUCCCAAAGGAUUAGCCACUUAGCCAGCUCAAUAUGAGUCAGAUCUUACCCAGUAAGCAUGUGUCUGCCGAUCCUUAUAGUAACUAGAACCUACAGGUUUAAUAAUAGGAGAGACUUAUAAGUGGUUAGUGGAUCAUACACCCACAAGUAUCAGGGGGUUGUUGUGUGGGCCUGUAUCCACACCAAAAACCAGGAGGCCAGUGGCAUCUUAAAGACUAACAGAUUUAUUUGGGCGUAAGUUUUCAUGGGUUAAAAAUCCCACUACCCACGAAAGCUUGUGCCCAAAUAAAUCUGUUAGGCUUUAAGGUGCCACCGGACUCCUCGAUUUUCAGUGUCCAUAGAUCAGGAUCAUAGCAGGGAUGGGAUAAACCGCUAGCGGUCACAGGUCUCUCUGGACUCACCCAAACAGCUUGGGGGUCGCCAGCCCUUGUUAAGAGCUUCCGUGGUAGAAAGUGAGCCCGGAGAAAUGAGGUAGGGACGCAAAGACAGUAUGGAGAUUUCGCAAGUGCCUUUUUAUAUCGUGUGCACAGAAAUGUACUGACCCAAAUGAAGGCCACUGCUCAUUUGUGGAAAGUUACUGGCCCAUGAUGGAGUCCAGGGUCACGUGAGCCUAUCACAUGGCUUCACGUGGUUUGCUGAAUCGCAGGGGUUGGCCAUUGGCUCCUCAGGGCUGGAGGAGUUUCUUCAAUGGCCCAUUGUUAGAGUGCAGGGUCCUCUACUUCAGCCACAAGGCUAAGCCAGGCACGUCAAUGGGAUAAUCAAACGUAGCAAAUCGCACCGGUUCCAGUGACACCGGCCCGGACGUCCUUUGGACACGAUGUGUUACAACUGUAUAACCGUGGCAGCAGCAGAGACACAAACGGUCGUCUUUCCUAUACACAGCAUCACCCCCCUCCAUCCCGAGUCGUCUCUUUGCCAAGCUGAACAGCCCUAAGCUCGAGUCUCACCUCAUACGGAAGCUGCUCCAUGCCCUGAGAUUAGGCUCAGAAAGACGCCAGUGGGGAAAACAGGCAACACAGGCUAGGAUCCCAUUGUGCCAGGAGCUGUACAUUAUCAUUGCUAUUUAUUAG